AUGGUAUUAAUAUAUCUGAUAGUUUAACAACAACAAAUACACGAUCAAUGCUUUCAUCAACCAAGAGCAAUUAUUCAAAAUUAAAAAAUAUGUCUAAAGCAGAUCUAGCUUCUUUAGCACGAAAGAAAAAGAAACAAGCUGAUAAUGGAAAACGAACAUCAUUUAAAGAAGCUCGAGAAUCUUUAGGUUUAUAUCUUGAAUCAGUUUGUUAUUUUAUUCAAUGUGCUAGUGAUGAAACAAAAUUAGAUCAACGUAGUUCAUUAUUACAAACGACAUUAACUAUGUUACAACAACUUGCACAAAAUCAUAAAAAAAUGUUUCAUUUAUCAAAUCCAACACAAUUAACAGAUUUAUACAGUCUUCAACAAAAAUUUCUUUUAAUUAAUUACUGGCUUCAAUCAUUAAUUUAUUAUUUACAAUUUAAUUCAAAUAUGCCAACAAUUGAUCGACAUGCUACUCAAGUAACAGAAUAUUUUAAUCAAUUGAAAAAUCCAUCAUCAGCUGCAUCAUUAACAAGAACCACAAAUUCAAAUAAUCAGCAACAAUCAACACCAAUAAAUGAUAAUAAUCCAAUAUCACCACUAUCAACAACAUCACAAACAAGUUCAUCAGAUUUAAGUACAACAAGUGGAAAUAAUUCAACUGAACAACAUCGUUAUAUGUAUGAUUUUUCUAAAUUUAUGUUAAAUUCAUAUUAUUCAACGUCUUAUUGGAAUAAAGCUGAAAGUUUGAUGCGUGAAAAACCAUUGAAAGAAUUUACAGAACAGUUGUUGAAACAAAAUCAAAAUCGACGUCUAUCACGUGAUGAUACAACUUUAGACUUCAUAUUGUAUAUUUUUGAUGCCAUCGAGUUGUUACGUUUAAGUGUUGCUUAA